CUCGGGUAGGGACGGGGUGUUUUGUCAAGUUAGUGUCGCUGUUCCGGUCGCUGUGCUGCAAAUCCGACUGAGCUCUGAUGAUAUCUUUGAAUUAUACGAGAAAUAAUUUUUCUUAGGUCAAAUAAGGUCAAAUCUUGAAUUGUCGGAAGACACUGUAAAUUGCUUUGAAAGUUAAAAUCGCGACAACAUGACUUGACGAAGCUAGAUUCUCUGUGAAAGUUGGUUGUCACCGGCAUCCUGGCAUGAGGUAAUUUUCUGAUGUUCCACAUGCACAGUUGAGCUGAGAAUAGUCACAACAGAUCGAAAUCGUCAGUUUGUGUAACCGUACGUACUAGUUUAAUUCAGCUGAUCUCUGGGAAAAGAAGACAAGAUUUCUUCCUGUUACAGACCACUGAUUUCAAUAAUAAUGAGUUGCUUCAGCUGCUCAAGAUUGAUGAAUCCUCCUGCCAAAAAGAAUGAAGCGUACCAACCAACAACAGUAGAACAGACAGCGAACAUCAUCACUCAUGGAUUCUUUGUGUUGCCAGCUGUUUAUGCAAUGUAUCUACUCCACCAAAAUUCUCAAAUGCUGUCAGCAAGCCAUCGACUAAUUGCCUUAGUUUACGGAGUUGCCUUUAUUCUAAUUUUCCUGAUAUCAACUUUGUUUCAUGCUGUCAGCCUUACUGGUAAAGCCAGGUCCCUGAGAUUUUUCCUCCAUUUAAGCGAUCGUGGUAUUAUUUAUUUUUUCAUUGCAGCCUCAUAUAUGCCAUGGUUAGUGUUGAGAGAUGCUGGUAAAUUUGGUGAUCUUUUUACAUGGCUGUUGUGGUGUUUGGCCGUCACUGGCACUAUUUAUUCAUACAUGUUUCAUGAAAGAUACAAGACGGUGGAGACAGCGUUGUAUUUAAUCAUUGGAAUAUGUCCGUCUCUACCGCUUGUCUUUUCUACGACCGAUAGAGCUGGCCUGGCCGAGGUGGCCUUGGGCGGAGCAUUUUACGUCAGUGGUGUAGUGUUUUUCAAGUCGGAUGGACGUAUACCCUUUGCGCAUGCGAUCUGGCAUUUGUUUUGCGCCACUGGGGCGUGGUGUCAUUUCUAUGCUGUAUAUACACAUCUAUAUUUAGAAAAACACUAGUUUGGCACAUCUUGAAAAAAUUUAGAUCGUCCCUCGUUUAAUUCAUCUCUUUUUUUCCCAUUCAAAUCAAACUAGUGAACAGUGAGUCAAUAAAUUAAAUCGUUUGGAAACGAAUUAUGUUAAAUAGGCAAUAAGGUUACCAGCCAGGUUAUUAUACGAUAUCUUCUCAAUUUUAACACGAACUUUUGUUAUGGUGGUCGGAGUUCCGCGAAUUUUUUGCUUCAGAAAGUGAUUGGAAAAAUAUUGUUUGGAAUAAUAAAGACAUUCGAAUAGACAACAAGCCGGUUUACUAUCAAAAUUACUCUAAGUCGGGAAUCAUUUACAUACACGAUGUUCUAUUUAACUUUAAUACAAUAGACCCCUAUUGCUAUCACUUAUAAUUGGAAGUAAAAUCUUCGAUAUUAAAGACAAAAAUUCAAAAGAUUAUUGCUCGCUGCUGGGCUUAAAAAAGGCUCAACCUCCUAAUAUUAUCCACAAAUUGAAGAGUGAUUUUAAUUUUAUAACCCAACAAUUUAGAGAAAUCUCGUUACCACAUUUGGUUGCACUUGAGUCAUAUGUCAAGGCCUUCCAGUACAAAGUAAUUGAUUCUAUUCUCUACACUAACAGCAAACUAUGCAAAAUUGGAUUUAGAAUUAAUGAUGCAUGUACUUCAGUUUUGUAAUGAUGAACCAAUUUAUAUCACCUUUUCUAUGAAUGCCCUUACUCCAAAACGUUCUGGACUGAUUUCGAAUCGCACUGGUACCAUCUAUCGAAUCAACCAAUCCAUCUUUCUGAACAAAACGUUUUAUUUGGAGUUUUAUUCAAACAAUGUUCUUUAUCAAAUUUAUUAAACUAUUUCAUAGUAAUCGGAAAACUUUUUUGUGGGACUGCAGAAGAAGCCAAACACUUCCUAAAAUUCAAGGACUGCAGUCGAAACUUAAGAUUAAAUAUGAAACUGAAAGAAAAUAUCAACAAGAAAAACUUCUUUGAAAAGAAAUGAGUGCUCUCUCCAAUAUAAUUAAUUAUGCCCAUCUUACUUUAUUGCUUUUUUAUUUUAAUAUGAAUGAAUCUUUUAUUUUGUUGCUCACUGCUUUGAUAUGAAUGUAAGUAGCAUCAGAAAUCGUAUUACUUUGUAAGUAGUGUAAGAAUUGGUAUCGUAAGUUAAAUAAGUAAUCAUAUUGUUUUGAAGUCAGUAGAGUAAGUUAUGCAAAUUGUAUUAUUGUAAGUAGCACCUGUAAUUGCAUUGUAUUGUAAGUAGUGUAAGUAGUGUGUAAGUAAUUGUAUAAAAGGUUUUGUCGGUAAUGUAAUGGACUUUAGUUGUUGUAUUACUGUUGUAAAUUGCGUAAGUAGACGUACCAGUGUUGCAAGCAGUGUGAAUCACAAUUACAGUUAAUUUAUUAAAAAAAAAAAAGAAUUGUGAGUCAUUGUAUCGUUUGGAAACUAAUUAUGUUUAAUACGCAAUAAGGUUACCAGCCAGAUGGCAGUCUGUUCCAGGCUCUCAGUCAGCGAGCACAAUCGAAAAAGCGGGCACGAGCAGGCGAGAGAAAAGCGAGCGAGGAUUGGGAUAGCAAAUGGAAAAGGCAAAAGUUCUUUCUCUCUCUCUCAAGCCUCGCUCGUUUUUACCUUAUGGUAUAACGCAAGCCUUUGACUCUUUCGGUCGCCCGUUAAUCUGUAACCCUGAACAGGCUAACUAGAUUAAUUUGCCUGAGCAAAAAAUUAACUUGUUCGGUGGAAUCCCAAACGGUAUCGAACCUUAAAAUAACGAGGCUGUGACUGAAGUUUCACUUGCUUCACUGAUAGCGAAUAUGAAAUCGCAUUUUAAUCAACGUAGUAGUCGCUCACAUCAUAGUUAAUAGAUGGGAAUGGUUAUGAAACCCGACAAAGUUCUUUGGUGUAUGUUUUCGUUCGCUUUUUUGGCCUUGACCGUCCAUUAAACGCAAUAGUUGUUUACCCUGUACUGAGGAACUAACCAAUAGUAACGACGGUGUUGG